CACAUAAUCUCAAAAGUGUGGUGUAGAGAUGUGCCAUGAACCAUGAUCAAUAUCUUACCAACCAAUUUUUUAUACCAAGAACACAGGAACAAAGAAAAUGCUAAAAUUGAUGUUGGCAUGCUGCAAAGUAUACAUAUCAGAAAGCAGAAACAAGGCAGCUCUUAAAUCAAUUGAAAAAGCAGCCAGCUUAUUUCCAGAUGUCCCCAUUGUUAACAAAUUUGAAGAUGAGAUUUACAACAGAGUUGGCUAUACCCUUGUAUCCAAAUUAUCUCCCAAUGGUUCUUGUUCCUUAAAGAAUGCAUCUUUUGCAAUGGUUAAAGCUGCAUUUGAAACUAUUGAUUUUCAAGAACAUUGUGGAACUCAUCCAAGACUUGGUGUUGUGGACCAUAUUUGUUUUCACCCCUUGGGUGCCACUUCUUUGGACUUAGUUGCUGAUACUGCUAAAUCUUUGGCAUUUGAAGUUGGUUCUAAUCUUCAAGUCCCGACCUUCUUAUAUGGAGCAGCACAUCAAGAGGGAAGAUCGCUUGAUUCAAUCAGAAGGGAGCUAGGGUAUUUCCGUCCUAAUUCAAGUGAGAACCAGUGGAGAGGUGGGACAGAAUUUGAAACCUUGCAACUAAAGCCAGACGAGGGUCCUGCUCGAGCAACUCAAGCAAAAGGUGUUAUUACAAUUGGAGCUACAAGGUGGGUUGACAACUAUAACAUUCCGGUCUUCACCAACGACAUAUCCAUUGCUCGUAAAAUUGCAAAGAAAGUUAGUGGAAGGGGAGGUGGACUUCCAUCUGUUCAAUCCAUGGCGCUAACUCACGGAGGUGGCACAAUUGAGGUUGCUUGCAAUUUACUGGAACCAGCUAGGAUUGGUGGUGACCAAGUACAGCUUGAAGUCGAGCAGCUUGCCAGGGAAGAGGGUAUUUCUGUGGGGAAGGGAUACUAUACUGACUUCUCAGAAGAAAAAAUAAUCGAAAGUUACUUGAAACUAGUUCAACAUUCUGACUAGAGAAACUAGAAGGAAAUUUAUUCUAUCCCUUGUUCCUUUUUCCCUUCUCUCUUUUCGCGGAGUUUGCCAAGAUUUUUGAAGCCUCUGACUUUAAGCUCCAGAGGUAAGCAAUAUGUGUUUAUGUGUAAAAUCCUGACUUCUUGCAUUUGGUUAUAGCACACAUUAUUUUGCUCUUACCGCAUGUCUUAAAGAUUUCUUAUUGUGUAUUCAACUUUGUAAUCCUAAUGC